AUGUACGCAGGAGGUUAUAGAGGAGCAGGAAGUAGGAAAACUCACCCAAACUCUAUUAAUAUCUCCAACUCUUCUUCUUUCUUCACUAUAGUCGAACUUGACCCUGAUGCCUCUACUUCCGUCUUUCCUACGUACCCCAAGCCGUUGGAAGUGACCUCUGGGUUCAUGGUCGUCAUCACUGUCGCCACCGUCGCUGCCAUGGUAGUACUAUGGUUACUGGCGACUCCUCCUUCUACUCCCCUCGGUCCCACUUCCUCCCCCACAACAUUAGCUGGAACCGUCCCGCCUACAACCCCCGGGUCCCCUCCUAUCCGUCCAGUGGUCAUAACCAAUGCUCCUACUCCUGCAGGCACCAACGGUAUUCCUCCUCCCCCUCCCCCUCCCCCGCCUAAACAACGUCGUUUCUUCCGUCGACUCAUCCUCUACACAUCUAUAGGAGCCCUCAUUUUUUAUCCUACUUCAGGUUGGCUUUCCACGCAUUAUGAAACCUACCGCGAUUUAUUCAUAACUCUACCUGGCGGCGAGCUCGUAGCUGAUUAUGCGGAUGAACAUGGUUGGCAGAGUUUUGGAUAUGGGACGAUGAGUAAGAAAGUUGUAGAGGUUCUUCAAUGGGCAAAAGGUGAGGUUCCCAGUAAAAGCACAGCGGAGACUAUAAGAGAAGGGAAAGAUGAUUUGAUGAAAAAGAUUGAGAAAGCUAGAUUAGAGACAGGGAAUGAAGUUCAUAAAUUGUCCACUGCGACUAAAGAGGGUUUGGGAAAAGUAAAGAAUGUAGUUUCUGAGGUACUCAAAGAAAGGACGGAGGAGAUCAAAGAGAAAGCGGUUGAAGUGAAGGAGAGAGCGAAGGAAAUGGUGGAACAUGUCAGAGAGAUCACAACUGAGGCUGGACAUAAAAUUGCCGAAACAGCCAAAGAAGUACCAUUCAAUUUCUCAGAUGGAGUAGAAGGUAUCGUACGUGAAGCCGAACGAGCAUUGUCAAACUUUGAUUCGAAAACUUCAACUUUACCCGUUAUCUCUACAAGUGACGUUGGGAAAGGAAUUGGUCCAAGAGUAAUGGUUGAUACUCAACGUCCAAGAGAAUUAAAACCUGAAACUGUCACUCCUCAAAAACCAUCAUUUGAAGGGAAAGAAAUCUACAAAACACCACUGCCAUUAGGUUUCGAACCUCCUCCUGGAUAUUACAUCCCUCCUCCUCCAAAACCUGAAAAAAAUGAGAAUACAGGCAAGACUUUACCUCUGUUGGGACCGAAGGUAAAAGAGUUUGCGAUUGAGGAACCGAUAAUCGCACAAUUGGCAAGCACGAUAGACUCACUCACAACUUCUCUCGCAGGUACAGCAGCGGCGACAAGUUCCGAGGCGGGAAUAAUUCUCACCAAAGCGCAGGAAGAUUUAUCAGCCUUGAACGGGAGGUUGACGGAGGUGAAGAGGGUUGAAAAAGAGAGAAUGGAGAAGACUGUAGGGGAGAAAAUCAAAGAUUUUGAGAUUGUUUUAAAGGAGAAAGAAACGGAGAGGUUGAGAGGUGAACAAGGAUUGAAGGAAGAGUGGGAGAAGGAAAGGGGUAAAAUGGUGGAAGAAUGGAGAAAAGCUUUGGAAGGGGAAUUGGAAGUGCAAAGAGAGGGUAUUGAGAAAAGACUUCGGGAAGAAGUGAUUUCCCAAGGUAUCGAACUUCAACGUCGGUGGUUACGUUCCAUCAAAUCUCAAGUCGAAUCAGAACGUGGUGGACGUCUUGCCAAAUUAGACAAUCUCACAACUUCAUUGAAACAAUUGGAACGUAUAACUUUGGAUAAUUCAGCUACGCUGGAUGAUAAUGUGAAAUUACACAAACUUUGGUCGGCAUUACGUGCUAUUCAAACUAAAGUCAAUACUGGGGAUAUCACUUUCGAAGAGGAAUUAAGGGUUUUGAAAAAUCUCGUUUCUUCCUCUUCCUCCACCUCUUCCUCAUCCCAAACCUCUUCUUCUUCUCUCAACUCCUCUACGUCAUCUGAUGGAUUUGGGACAGAUUCCAAAGCAAUAACCAUCGCUCUCACUCAAUUAGAAAAAUCAAACAUUCCUCAAACUGGUAUAAAAUCUUUCUCUUCCUUAGCUACAUGGUUCACACAAUCAGUAGCACCUCGUAUUCAUUCCGCUUCUUUGGUACCGGAUCCAGAAGAAGCAGGUGUCAUCUCUCAUCUCGCGAGCAAAGUAUUGAGUAAGGUCAUGUUUUCACCUAAAGCGGGUUUGGUAGAUGGAGAUGAUGUGGGAAGCGUUUUGGCGAGAGCUGAAUGGUGUUUGGCACAAAAGGAUUUGGAUGGAGCUGCGAGAGAAGUUAAUAGGUUGAAAGGUUGGCCGGCGAAGUUGGCGGGGGAUUGGUUAAGGGAGGCUAGGAGGACUUUGGAGGUUAAUCAGGCUUUGGAGAUCGUAGCUACAGAAGCUACCCUCAAUUCUUUGCUUUUGGUCUAG